UAUUAUAGUGAAUCUACAUUGAGUUCUUUUUUCUGGACUUUUAGGAUUGUGGAUUUGAAGAUGUCCUCUCUCAGUGAGAUCUGCAGCGGUUUGCCCCUGGACCCUUUGCCCCAAAACAGAGGACGAAACCCCAGUGUCCCACACGCACCGGUCCGGACCCCCAACCUGACAGCAGAGGAGGAACGCCUGGCUCUGAAAAAUGCUCUGAGGUACUUUCCCUCAUCCCAUCAUGCAACACUGGCCCCUGAGUUCGCCCAUGAGCUGAGGGAGUAUGGACACAUCUAUAUGUACAGGUUCUGCCCCACCAUGAGCAUGAAGGCGUAUCCCAUUGAGAAGUACCCCUGUCGCACACGUGAGGCGGCGGCCAUAAUGUUAAUGAUCAUGAACAACCUGGACCCCGCAGUGGCCCAGUUUCCACAGGAGUUGGUGACUUAUGGAGGUAAUGGACAGGUCUUCAGUAACUGGGCUCAGUUUCGUUUGGUGAUGCAUUAUCUGAGUGAGAUGACGGAGGAGCAGACUCUGGUCAUGUACAGUGGACACCCCAUGGGCCUAUUCCCCAGCCUGCCCUCGUCCCCGCGUGCCAUCAUCACCAAUGGAAUGGUCAUACCAAACUACUCCUCCAGAGACCAGUAUGAGAAGAUGUUUGCUCUCGGUGUAUCAAUGUAUGGUCAGAUGACAGCAGGAAGUUAUUGUUACAUUGGACCUCAGGGGAUCGUUCAUGGCACUAUGUUGACAGUUUUGAACGCGGGGCGGCGGUACCUGGGCAGUGAUGACCUUCAGGGGCGUGUGUUUGUCACCUCAGGCCUGGGGGGGAUGAGUGGAGCUCAGGCCAAAGCUGCUGUGAUCGCAGGCUGUGUGGGGGUCAUCGCAGAGGUGGAUGAGGCUCCUCUGAGGAAGCGCCAUGAGCAGGGGUGGCUGAUGGAGGUCACCAGCAGCUUAGAGCAUUGUAUUCAACGCAUCAAAGACUGCAAGAAGUCAAAAUCUCCUCUCAGUUUGGGUUACCACGGCAAUAUCGUAGACCUAUGGGAGCGCCUCCUGCUGGAAUAUGAGAGAACGGGUCAACUGUUAGUGGACCUGGGUUCAGACCAGACUUCACUGCACAACCCCUUUAAUGGAGGCUACUACCCGGUUCAGCUGGGCUUUAAACAGGCCAACCAGCUCAUGUCCACAGACCCGGGCAGGUUCAAGGCUCUGGUACAGGAGAGUCUGUGCAGACAGAUCAAGGCCAUAAACAGUUUGUCUGACGCAGGGAUGUUCUUCUGGGACUAUGGCAACGCUUUUCUCCUCGAGGCACAAAGAGCAGGAGCUGAUGUUGAGAAGACCGGAGGAGGAGCAACAGAAUUUCGCUACCCGUCUUACGUCCAGCACAUUAUGGGGGACAUUUUUUCUUUAGGUUUUGGCCCAUUCCGGUGGGUCUGCACCUCUGGAGACCCUCAGGACCUGGCUGUGACAGACAACAUCGCUGCUUCUGUUCUGGAGGAAAUCGGAGCCAACGUGAAUGAUCGCAUCAGACAACAGUACAAUGACAACAUCCGCUGGAUCCGAGAGGCCGGGAAACACAAGAUGGUUGUGGGUUCCCAAGCCAGAAUCUUGUACUCAGACCAGAAGGGAAGGAUCCAGAUUGCUUUGGCGAUCAACCGGGCUAUUGCUGAUGGAAGAGUAACGGCUCCUGUGGUCCUCAGUCGAGACCAUCAUGAUGUGAGUGGUACAGAUAGUCCUUUCAGAGAGACUUCAAAUGUGUACGACGGGUCUGCCUUCUGUGCAGACAUGGCUGUCCAAAACUUUGUUGGUGAUGCAUUCAGGGGAGCAACAUGGGUAGCACUUCACAACGGGGGUGGGGUCGGCUGGGGUGAAGUCAUGAACGGGGGUUUUGGUUUGUUGCUGGACGGUUCGGAGGAGGCAGCACAGAGAGCCAGGAUGAUGCUCGGCUGGGACGUGUCAAAUGGGGUGGCGCGUCGUUGUUGGUCUGGAAACUCCAAUGCUUACGAGACCAUUGAACGCACCAUGAAGGAGAACAGUCUGCUCCAGGUCACUCUACCUCACUCUGUAAACAAUGAGGAAGUGCUGGACAAAGCCCUAAAGAGACCACACUCAUUUUAACAGACUUUUUAAAAUGGAGGAACAUAAUUAUUAUUUUAGUCUGACACAUACAUUGCCACCCUGUUCAAAUGUUACUCUUCCC